GCCACAGGGGCGGGUCCGGCUUCCAGCGCCGUCCCGCCCGGCGCCUUCCUCCGAAAGAGGCGACCCGAGCGCGGCCCGGCAGGGCGGGCGCGACCCGGGAGGCCACCUACCGACGGUGCGGCCGCGCUGCCCGCACGCCCGCCCGGCCCUGCGGAUCACUCCCCACCGCGGCCUCGCUCCGGCCCCCGCUGACCGCAAAGCCCCGUUCCGUCCCCCUGCGUCCCUGCCUCGUCGCCUCUCUGUCCCCGCUCCGUCCCCGCUGUGUCCGGCUCGCGUCCCCGCUGUGUGUGUCCCCGCUCCGUCCCCGCCCGCCGACCCUCAGCGAUGCCGCGCGGCGCCACCUGGGCGCUGCUCUUGGCUGCGGCCCUGGGGCUCGGGGCGCGCGGGGCGCGCGGCGCGGUGGCCCUCGCCGACUUCUACCCGUUCGGCACGGAGCGCGGCGACGCGGUCACCCCCAAGCAGGACGACGGCGGCUCUGGGCUGCGGCCGCUCUCCGUGCUCUUCCCGUUCUUCGGCGCCGAGCACUCCGGCCUCUACGUGAACAACAACGGGAUCAUCUCCUUCCUGAAGGAGGUUUCUCAGUUCACCCCCGUGGCCUUCCCCAUCGCCAAGGACCGCUGCGUGGUAGCGGCCUUCUGGGCGGACGUGGACAACCGGCGCGCAGGGGACGUGUACUUCCGGGAGGCCACGGACGCGGCCACGCUGCGGAGGGCCACGGCGGACGUCAGGCGCUACUUCCCCGAGCUCCCGGGCUUCUCCGCCACCUGGGUGUUCGUAGCCACUUGGUACCGCGUGACCUUCUUCGGAGGCAGUGCGUCUUCCCCCGUCAACACGUUCCAGACGGUGCUCAUCACGGACGGCACACUCUCCUUCACCAUCUUCAACUACGAGUCCAUCACGUGGACCACAGGCACACACGCCAGCAGCGGGGGCGAUGCCAGCGGCCUGGGGGGCAUAGCGGCCCAGGCCGGCUUCAACGCGGGAGAUGGGCGGCGCUACUUCAGCAUCCCAGGCUCGCGCACGGCGGACGUGGCGGAGGUGGAGACCACCACCAACGUGGGCGUGCCCGGGCGCUGGGCGUUCAGAAUCGAUGAUGCCCAGGUGCGCGUGGGGGGCUGCGGCCAUACAACCUCCGUGUGCCAGGCCCUGCGUCCGUGCCUCAACGGCGGCAAGUGCAUCGAUGACUGCGUCACGGGCAACCCCUCCUAUACCUGCUCCUGCCUCUCAGGCUUCACGGGGAGGACGUGCCACCUGGAUGUGAACGAGUGCGCUUCCCACCCGUGUCAGAACGGCGGGACCUGCACACACGGCGUCAACAGCUUCAGCUGCCAGUGCCCUGCCGGCUUCAGGGGACCCACCUGUGAGACAGCACAGUCUCCAUGCGAUGACAGAGAGUGUCAGAAUGGCGGCUGGUGCCAGGCGGAGGGCGGCCCUGUGGCUUGCGUGUGCCCGACCGGCUACACAGGGGUGGCCUGCGAGACAGACGUGGAUGAGUGCAGCUCUGACCCCUGCCUGAACGGAGGCUCGUGUGUCGACCUGGUGGGGAAUUUCACCUGCCUGUGCGCAGAACCCUUCGAGGGACCUCGCUGUGAGACAGGACACCACCCCGUGCCCGACGCCUGCCUCUCAGGCCCUUGCCAGAACGGAGGCACCUGUGUGGAUGCAGACCAGGGCUACGUGUGCGAAUGCCCUGAAGGCUUCAUGGGCCUCGACUGCAGGGAGAGAACCCCCAGCAGCUGUGAGUGCCGCAAUGGUGGUAGGUGCCUGGGGGCCAACAGCACCCUCUGCCAGUGCCCACCAGGCUUCUUCGGGCUCCUCUGUGAGUUUGAGGUCACGGCCACGCCCUGCAACAUGAACACGCAGUGCCCCGACGGCGGCUACUGCAUGGAGUACGGCGGGAGCUACCUGUGUGUCUGCCACACCGACCACAACGUCAGCCACUCACUGCCGUCGCCGUGUGACUCCGACCCCUGCUUCAACGGAGGGUCCUGUGACGCACACGGAGACUCCUACACAUGCGAGUGCCCGCGGGGCUUCCACGGCCGCCACUGUGAGAAAGCCCGGCCGCGCCUGUGCAGCUCUGGGCCCUGCAGGAACGGAGGCACGUGUAAGGAGGCGGGCGGCGAGUACCACUGCGACUGCCCCUACCGCUUCACUGGCAGGCACUGCGAGAUCGGGAAGCCCGACUCGUGCGCCUCGGGCCCCUGUCACAACGGCGGCACCUGCUUCCACUAUAUCGGCAAAUACAAGUGUGACUGCCCCCCGGGCUUCUCGGGGCGGCACUGUGAGAUAGCCCCCUCCCCCUGCUUCCGGAGCCCGUGCCUGAAUGGGGGCACCUGCGAGGACCUGGGCACAGACUUCUCCUGCCACUGCCAAGCAGGGUACACAGGACGCCGGUGCCAGGCAGAGGUGGACUGCGGCCCCCCCGGCGAGGUGAAGCACGCCACCCUGAGAUUCAACGGCACCCGACUGGGCUCGGUGGCCCUGUACUCGUGUGACCAAGGCUACAGCCCAAGCGCCUCCAGCCAUGUCCGGGUGUGCCAGCCACAGGGCGUCUGGAGCGAGCCCCCGCAGUGCCACGAAAUCGACGAGUGCCGAUCCCAGCCGUGCCUGCACGGGGGCUCCUGCCAGGACCGCGUCGCCGGGUACCUGUGCGUCUGCAGCCCAGGCCGUGAAGGCGCCCACUGUGAGCGGGAGACAGACAAGUGCCAGGCGCAGCCCUGCAGAAACGGAGGCGCCUGCAGGGACCUCCCGGGGGCCUUUGUCUGCCAGUGCUCCCCCAGUUUCACUGGAGUCCACUGCGAGACAGAGGUGGACGCCUGCGACUCCAGCCCCUGCCAGCACGGAGGCCGCUGUGAGAACGGUGGCGGGGCCUACCUGUGCGUCUGCCCAGAGGGCUUCUUCGGCUACCACUGCGAGACAGUGAGUGACCCCUGCUUCUCCAGCCCCUGCGGGGGCCGCGGCUACUGCCUGGCCAGCAACGGGUCCCACAGCUGCACCUGCAAAGUGGGCUACACCGGCAAGGACUGUGCCAAAGAGCUCUUCCCACCAACGGCCCUCAAGGUGGAGCAAGUGGAAGAGAGUGGGGUCUCCAUCUCCUGGCGGCCCCCCGAAGGUGCAGCCGCCAGGCAGGUGCUGGACGGCUAUGCCGUCACCUACGCGUCUGCGGACGGCUCCUACCGCCGCACAGACUUUGUGGACCGGGGCCGCUCCGCGCACCAGCUCCGGGCCCUGGCGCCCGGCAGGGCCUACAACGUCUCCGUCUUCUCGGUCAAGCGCAACGCCAACAACAAGAACGACAUCAGCAGGCCCGUGGUGCUGCUCGCCCGCACGCGACCCCGCCCCAUCGAGGGCCUUGAGGUCGCCAACGUGACAGCCAGCGCCAUUUCGGUGCGGUGGGCUCUGCACAGGAUCCGCCACGCCACCGUCAGCAGCGUCCGCCUGUCCAUCCGCCACCCUGAGGCCCAGGAGGAGCAGUCCACUGACGUGGACAGGAGUGUGGACAGGUUCACAUUCAGGGCCUUGCUGCCAGGAAGGAAAUACGCCAUCUGGGUGACGGCCCUCAGUGGGCUCGGGGGGCAGGAGCACCGCACGGAGAGCCUGGCCUCGGCCCCAGUGCACGUGUGGACCCGGCCUCUGCCGCCAGCCAACCUGACCGCCACCCGAGUCACGGCCACCUCUGCCCACGUGGUCUGGGACACCCCCAGUCCGGGUGCCUCUCUGGAGGCCUACGUCAUCAACGUGACCACCAGCCAGAGUACCAAGAGCCGCUAUGUCCCCAGCGGGAGGCUGGCGUCCUACACGGUGCGGGACCUGGCGCCCGGACGGCGGUACCAGCUCUCGGUGACGGCCGUGCAGGGCACUGGGGCCGGCCAGGUGCACAGCGAGCCCGCCCGCCUGCACUUCAUCACCUCCCCGAGGGACAAUGCUGACAGACGAUGGCACCGUGACAGCCUCCCCCAGAGGGCGCUGAGAACCCGCCCGGCCCCCGCACGCCUGCCCGAGCUGCGCCUGCUCAAUGACCCCGGUGCCCCCACGACGCCGACCCAGGCCCCCAGGUUCUCAGAGCUCGUGGAUGGCAGAGGACGAGUGAGGGCCAGGUUCACCAGCUCACCCAGCAAGCGGGUCACUGUGAGAUCACAGCCCACAGCUCUGGCGCAGCUGGAGAACACGGAUGCGGUCCCCACGCCGGCCAGCCUGGCCCUCCAGCUCCCCGAACGUGGCGGUGACAAGGACGUGGAGAGCAAGUCAGCAGGAGCGGGCUACAGGGCUGACCACCCUCAGGGGCCUGAGGACGACGCCCCGGGGAACUGCUCAGAAAACCCCUGUCAGAACGGAGGCACCUGCGUGCCCGGUGAGGAUGCCCACAGCUGUGACUGCAGCCCAGGGUUCAAAGGCAGACACUGUGAGCUCGCCUGCACGAAGGUGCCCCAGCCCUGCACACGGCUGUUCUCAGAGACCAAGUCCAUGCCGGUCUGGGAAGGAGGCGUCUGUCGCCACGUGUAUAAGAGAGUCUACAAGGUGCACCCGGACACCUGCUUCAAGGAGAGCUGUGAGAGCACCCGCGCCAGGGCCCCAGACAGGAAGCAAAGUGACAGUCCUACACUGAAGAGACCCUGAGCCCCCUGCGACUUCCCACCUCCCCACACGGAAACUCUGAGCAGGUCUUCUCAACAGUCUAGAAGAUGCUGGGCUAACCGAGAGACCCACCCAGCGCCUGACACAACUUCUUGUCAACAUGACGCCACUGGAAAUGAAGGAGGCAUUCUGGCUGGGCCAGGGCAGCUCGGCACUCGAGAAGCCCGUCUUCCCGGUGGUACAGGAGAGGCGGGAGGCAGCCGGGGCAGAGCAGCUGCACACACAGCCGCCUGUUACUCAGAGGCCUUUCCAAACACCAGGAGCAGCAGAGCCCUGCAGGCCCAGGCUGACACUAAAGCAGAUCUUGGAAGGAGGAAGCUGGGCCCGCGGGCGGGGCAGCCACACGUGAGCAGGAACACGUGACCUCAGGCAGGCGUCCCACUACCCCCUCCGCCACAGACUCAGAAGAUGCACUCCAAGGCUUGCAUGAAGUUCACCACCCACAGAUACAACUGGAGUGUGAAAUAUUGAUACUGCAAUAAGUCACCUGAAAGAUAAUAUAUUGUAUUAGAACUCAUCCAAUGAAUCCAUUUCUAUAAAAACAAAUCAGAAAUUCUCAACUAUUAACUUAUCAGAUACUAGCUUUUAGAAUACCUAUUUUUAAUACCUAUUCUUAGGGGCUUCCUUAUAGCUCAGACGGUAAAGAAUCUGCUUGCAGUGCAAGUGAGCUCGGUUUGAUCCCAGGGCAAAAGGAGUGAGAAUCCACUCCAGCCUUCUUGCCUGGAGAAGUCCACGGGCAGAGGAGCCCGGUGGGCUGCAGCCCAGGGGUCACAGAGCGUCGGACACGACCGAGACCAGCACUGCACCACACGACCACUGCUGUGCUUAGCACGGCGGGAAGCACACCAGAGCAGGGACGUUCACUCCUCUGCCGCAGCCCGCUGGGCUGCAGUCCAGGGGGUCGCGGGGCGGGACACGACUCAGAGACUCAACCACACAAUUCACACACAACAUUUCAUCCGAGACCCAAGUGCAAGCACUCAUUUCAACAGAGAGAGCAGGGACAGCCCAUCUUCAGAGGGGAUCACGGCAUCACCAGAUGAAGGGAGCAGUCUGCAGACCUCGGAGCCGAGCUGUCCCGCGCACCAGGGCGCAGCUGGUCCUGCACAAGCCUGCCCCACCCCCCACGUCAGAGGCGACGAACCCCGCAGCUCGAGGCAGGGAGGGGCGAGCUCUUUAGGUCCUCUGGGGGCAACAGCCCAGAGCCUGUGUGUGAAGAGGAGUGAGUACAAGUGCCUUCCUCCUCACACCCGGUCUGUUUUCUCUUCUAAGGACUCAGGACGUUCCUGCUGCAUUCCAUCAACCUCACGCGUCUCUAAAGCCCAAGAAGAUGAGGUCUAAAAUCGGACUGAAAACAGCGUCCUGGCUGGAGUCAGUGGCCUGAGCAGCUUCUCUCCUCUGGCCCCUGGAAGACAGUCGGCCAGGCCAGGCAGGCAUCAGCAACAGGCAGGGAGACCUCCAGGACAGACCCUCACCAGAUAGAGCCCAGGCUGCUCUAAGCGAGCACUGCACACACGUCCGCCCCGGGGGAGCAAGGCUGCCCGCCGGGAAUGCUUCUGCAACCUUCAGAAACCAGCUUUCAGAUUCCAACAUCAGAAAAGGAUUCUCCCCUUAGGAACCAACCACCAAACUGAGGAGGACCUGCUAUCUACAGCUUCCAAAGCAAAGACCACGGUGCUGGGAGGAGGCGCAGAGGUGAGGCACACUGCAAGCCCUUUGGCCGGCUCUCCCCCGCCAGCAGUCUGUGCUGACCGUUUGCAAGUAGUGACCCACCGUAUGGACCAGCUGAUUUUGAAAGAGAAAAUGAUAGCAAACACUAAGGUGGAGUUUAAACACUUUCUAUCUAUAACUUUUUCCAUUAAAGUCAGACAGUACUUUGGGUCUGCGAACCAGACGGCCACUGUGGCAAUGACUUAGCUCUGCAGCUGCAGCACAAAAGCAGCCACAGGCACGUGACUGAUGACGGAUGGCUGGGUUCCAAUAAAACUUUAUUUACAAAAGCAGGCAGCGCCGAGUCGGCCCAAGGGCCAUGCUAAGCUCAGCCCUGGUCUUUGAGGCCAUAGGCUUCAGCCUAUCCCUAGGAUGACAAGUCCCACCCAGGCACCAAAGACCUCAAGGGUUUCAGGGAAACCUCAAUGUUUCAACCCCACUUGGGAAGCCACAGCAGCAUGCCCACCAAGCACAGUGGGGCUCCUCCCACAAGCCAGGCGAUGUGGAGAGGCGCGGCUGGGGAGGCUAGACUAGAUGCUGGGCAAGGGCCCCCUGAGGCCACGACUCAAGCAAUGCUGUUGGGGGCUACGAGGCAGCAGGCACCAUGUUCCACGCCCUCCUCCUUCACAUGCCGACCACCGCAUCAUCCUGCCACCCCGCUCUCCAGCACACUCCUGACCUGCACUCCUCCUCUCUGUGGAUGAGGUGAAAACCAAAGCCGCAAAGCCCACCUCACAUCGUGCUAUGCGUUUUAACAGCCAACCCAGACUGGAGCUCAAGCCCCGGGCACCUCCCAGUGACUCGGCUCUGAGGCAGCAUUACAGCCUAGAAAGGCCUCCUUCCUUCCAACUUUUAUAAAAAGCUUUUCACAGAGCUGUAUUUUAGCCUCUUAGUCACAUUAAAGUUCUGUGUGCACACGUCUGCGUAUCAUGCGUUCUGUCAUUGUCAGCAAGGACGGCUCCACUGCACUCCCGAAGGUGCCCCGUCUCCAAGGCCCACCUGGGGAAGACGGCAGAGAGCAGUCCCAGGGCCGCGGCGCCGGGAGAACCGGGAGGAAAGCGCACACGCGCUGCUGACCUGCGCUGGCGCCGGGCCCUGCCGCUGCGCCCACAGAAGGCACGGCGCCACACGCCAACGGCGAGACCACUGGCACAUGCAUGGAACGCUCCACGGCCACGGAACAACCUCAAGCCCCUCAGCCACAAGGCCAACGUGCUCCUGUUCUGACCUUAGAAGCCGCUGUUCUACAAGAAACAGUCUACUGAAUCCAGAGUGUGGUGCUGUGUUCUUAUGAUUAACCCAUUUUUAUGUCUUAUAAAUUAUAUCUCUAAUAGAAGACUUCCUGAUGCUAAAGGAAUUAUAACUUAUCCUUGAAACAUUACAGAUGAGCCACUGCUUUUUCCGACAUGGCUCCUUCGUCAAACUCUAAUGUCAUCCUUGGAAAUCCUCAGAGUCCACCCAAAGAAAUGAGUAAAACGGAAUCAGAAAACUGUCAGGGGCACACACAGUUCCGUGUGGACAUACAAGGAGCACUCACGGGCUGCAAGGCAGUCUCGUGCUAAUCAAAGUGUGGACCAGCUGACCACACGAUCGAGCUUAAACGCAAGAUUCUGUUGUAGCCCCAAAUGGGGAGCGCAAGAGCAACCCCCCAGGUUCCAGGGACAGAGCCAGCCACCGAAAGGCCAUGCAGCGCAAGAGCACAGAAAACCUCCUUCCCACGGCCAGAGACGACGGCGAAGACGAAGCCUCCCCCUCCCCCUGCACAAGGGCUGACACGCUGCAGACGGGGAGAGUACGCAGCACCUCGCUGCCCCCACCGGCACCCCGGUAGACAAGGCUCCACCCAGCGUCAGCCAACCUCCGCAACUCUGCUGGGUCAGAACUGCUGCCGCCGCUGCUGCACCCCCGUGCGGAGGGACUCGCGAGCCGCUGGCCUUUGCAGAAAGCGGCUCUGUGUAGCCAUGCUCUGGCACGAGCCUGGAGGCACAGCCGUCUGCUCCAGGCGCCAGUCCCCAGAGUAAAACGUGGCUCCAAUCUCCCAACGACACCCCAGCACAGGGCGGAAAGGAACUAUCGUAAAAAAUCUUUUACAUAAAAGAGAAACAACACAAGCAGCCCAUUUAGAAUCUUAAGUUCUCACUAAUCAACACAGUCGUGUUUGCUAGAGGCGGCCUGAGAGCAGCAUCUGAGCCUCGGCGCUACUGCCUCUGGGCUGGCUCAGCCUGCUGCAGGUCUGUCCUGAGGCCGCACGCACGCCCUCUGGUCCUAACAACACAACUGACCCCAGAUGGUGCCAGGCCCCCCCAGGAGUCAGGAUCACCCCAGUGAGGACUGCCACCCGACAGGACCUACAGUCUCUGCAGGAAAAAUGAAGCCAAGUACCACAAGUCUCAGGUUUGGGGUGCUGUGCCAGCCAGCCCGUCCCCGGGGAAGGGCCCCCAGAACACGUAGUGACCCCCCAUUAACCCCUCGCCAAGCUUGUGCCCCCAGGGCUGGGCCUCUACCUCAGAGAUGAGCCCUGGUGCAUACACCCAAGCCCAUUCCCCAACCCCAGCUCUUCAAAGCUGCUCCUCAGAACCUCUGGCCUCCCCGAGGGGCCACCUCUGGUGCCAUGGAGCUCCCCGCAACGAUGCCAAGCCCAGACCCCGGCCCUGGCUCCAGACCCCAACACCCCACGACCCUGGCAGGCGCGCGUUCUCCUCUGGCCUCAGAAGCCCCGUCUGCUCCAUGUGCUGGCAUGCUCCAGGCCAGCACUCCAGAGCUGCCGGAGACGCCAGGACUGGAUGUGGCCCCUGGACCGAGCUGGCACAGAAGCAGGUUCCUCCACUGGUCAGAGACGGGCCUGUUAUUCAGAGAUGCAAAAAGCGCCCCGUCACAGUGCCGGCAUCAAGAAACUGUGCAGAACAAACCAUAUGUCACCAGUCAACUUUCUUAACUCUGCUGUACACUGAACGCAAUUACAAAGCAAUAGUUUUAUUUAAAAACAUGAGUAUUUUUGUGGAAAAUCUGCUACUUGUUGUCAUUAAAAUAAAGUGUUGUGAUGUACUAAAGCUUCACUGUCUUCUCUUUGUCACUAGAAGGAUGUAAAAUGACUCCUGAACCAGAAGAAACAUCCCCACCCUGUCACAGAAUUAUCACC